AUGUUUCACAAAAUCGACCGACAUUUGAAUGGUUAUAAUAAUGUAGAUGAUGGUAAUGUAGCUGAUGGCGAUGUAGACGAUAGUGAUGUAGAUGAUGGUGGUGUAGAUGAUGGUUACGUGGAUGAUGGUGGCGUAGAUGAUGGUGGCGUAGAUGAUGGUGGCGUAGAUGAUGGUAAUGUAGAUGAUGGCGGUGUAGAUGAUGAUGGUGUAGAUGUUGGUGAUGUAGAUGAUGGUGAUAUAGAUGUUGCUGUAAUAGAUGAUGGCGAUGUAGAUGAUGGUGAUGAAGACGAUGCCGAUGUAGGUGAUGGUGAUGUAGAUGAUAGAAAUGUAGAUAAUGUAGAUGAUGGCGAUGUAGAUGAUGGUGAUGUUGAUGAUGGUGCUGUAAAUUAUGAUGUAGAUAAUGACGAUGUAGAUAAUGGCGAUGUAGAUGAUGAUUAUGGUGAUAUAAAUGAUGUAGAUGAUGGUGAUGUAGAUAAUGGAGAUGUAAAUGAUGGUGCUGUAGAUUAUAGUGAUGUAGAUGAUGAUGCUGUAGAUGAUGGUGAUCGCAGAGCUCGUAGCGCGGCCCAAGGGCCGAAGGCCCGAGAGAAACGUCAAGUCGGCUUCGCCGACUUGCUUAUAUUUCUAGUCCUUAUAUAUUAA